AUGGGCCUUACAGGUCUUCACCUUCUGCCUCUUCUUCUGCUGUCCCAUGGAUUUCAACUUGUCCAAGGCAGCUGUGACAGCAAUGAGUUUCAGUGCACUAAUGGACAAUGUAUUGACAAAGACUGGAGGUGUGAUGGAACAAAAGAAUGCACGGAUGACUCAGAUGAGCUCAACUGUCCACUCCCAUCGUGCACCGCGCAGGAGUUUAAAUGUGUGACAAGCGGUGAAUGCAUCUCACAGGGAUUCGUCUGCGAUGGGGAGGAGGACUGUAUCGACGGCUCAGAUGAACAAAGAGCCUGUGGUGACCAGACCUGCAGCCCAGGACAGUUCACCUGCUGGGAGGGCCAAUGCAUCCCCGGCAAAUACAAAUGUGACCGAGUGGUGGACUGCUUGGACGGCUCUGAUGAGAGCAACUGCAACUAUCCACACUGCACUGAGAAGACCUGUGCUAACGGAGCCUGUUACAACCACUCUCAGCACUGCAACGGCCUCCAGAACUGCAGGGAUGGUUCUGAUGAAUUCGACUGCACAACUCAGCACUGUCCAAACCACCAGUUUCAGUGCACAAAUGGCUACUGUAUUCCACUUGUCUCUGUGUGUGACCACUUGGAGGACUGUGAGGAUGGCAGUGAUGAGAAGGACUGUGUCUACCGGAGCUGCAGUGGCACUGAGUUCACAUGUUCCAGCGGCCGUUGUAUCUCUCAGAAAUGGGUGUGUGACGCUUUCAAUGACUGCGGAGACUACAGCGAUGAGCAAGGAUGUGAUAGUAACUCUCGAGACUGUUACCCUGGGGAGUGGGGAUGCCCAGGCUCGACGGUAUGCAUUCCUGUCGGCAAAGUGUGUGAUGGCACUCCUGACUGUCCUGGAGGUACAGACGAAACCAACUCCACAGCGGGGCAAACCUGCGGCUUGCACCGGUGCUCCACCUUGAGCUGUGAGUACGUCUGCCACCCAUCUCCUCAGGGCGGUACAUGCUACUGCCCUGAUGGCUUUAUUGUGGCCAAUGACAGCCGCUCCUGUGUAGACUAUAAUGACUGUGAGAUCUGGGGGAUCUGUGACCAGCUGUGUGAGGAUCGUCCUGGGACACACCACUGUAGCUGUGCUGAUGGCUACAUUCUGGAGCACGGUCAUGUCUGCAAAGCCAAUGUGACCGGUGGGCUGCCACAGCUUAUUUUCACCAAUGGGGGUGACGUGAUGAUGGCCGACAUACACGGACGUAUUGUCAGAACUCUGGUGCCAUCCCAGGGCAAAGGAAGCGCUGUAGGAGUGGCCUACCACAUUCAGAAGAAUAAAGUCUUCUGGAGCGAUACAAACACCCAAAAGGUUUAUUCUUCCAACUUUAACGGAGGUGACAUUAAGGAGGUUCUGACCUACUCGGCUCACCGUGUCCAGAACAUCGCUGUGGACUGGGUCAACUUCAAACUCUACGUCUUGGAGACUAGGGUGGAGCGCAUCGAUGCGUGCGACUUUGAUGGAGGGAAUCGGGUGACGCUGGUGGCUGAGAACCUGCACACCCCUCAUGGCCUCGCCGUGGACUCAACAGUGGGCUACAUGUUCUUCACAGACAUGGGUGUUUCCAAUGAGAAGACAAAGCUGGAGCGUGCCUUCAUGGAUGGCAGCAAUCGUCUGGAGCUGGUUAAAACCAGGCUCGGCAUACCAACAGGAAUUACCCUGGAUAUUGUCACGCAAAGGGUCUACUGGUCUGACAGCCACUAUGACACAGUGGAGACCGUCACAUACAACGGUUUGGACAGGAAAAUAGUCCUCAAUAAUGCAGCUCAGGCUCCACAUCCGUUUGGAAUGGCUGUGUUUGAAAACCACAUUUUCUUCACUGACUGGACGAAGAUGGGUGUGAUCAGAGCCAACCGGUUCAACGGCAGCAACCCAACGCUCCUCUAUCGUACAACGAAGCAACCAGGCCAUGUUGUGGUCUCACACUCCGUCCUGCAACCUUUUGUGAUGAACCCGUGUGACCUACACAACUGUCAGCACAUUUGUAUAUUAAGUCAUCGCACAGACAACAAUGGUUUGGGCUUCCGCUGCAAAUGUCGCUAUGGUUACGACCUCCACUCUGACCUUCGGACCUGCUUCAAGGUGAAGGACUAUUUGUUGGUGGGCACCUCUCUGGCAGUGAGGGGAAUCCCACUGAAACUGUCCCUCCAGGAGGACGUCACCCUGCCGCUCUCAGGCCUCAGGCCUGCUUUCGCUGGCUCUGCAAUGGAGUUCGAUGGCAACGAGGAAUCAAUUUUUUACAACGACAGGGCCGCCAGCCUCAUCUAUAAGUCCAACAUCAAUGGCACCGUCCAGCAGGUUUUGACAGGUUCCAGAGUGGGAAUAGUUGAUGCCAUGGCUUACGACUGGACCUCCAAAGUUUUGUUUUGGAUCACAACCACCUACAAGUCGGUGGUGGCCUUCAGAAUCAUAGACAAGUCCAGACGAGACAUUGUGACUGGACUGAGGAACCCAAAAGGAAUUGCAGUGCAUCCAAGUGCUGGCUUCUUGUUCUGGUCUGACUGGUAUCGUCCAGCGGUCAUAAUGAGAGGCUUCACUGAUGGCAGCAAUGCUAUUCCUCUGGUCAACACAUCGCUGGGAUGGCCGUAUGGACUCGCUCUGGACUAUGUGAAUGAAAGGCUGUACUGGGUGGAUGCCCUCCUGGGCCAGAUCGGUCACACUGACAUGGAAGGAACUGACAGAAAGACUUUCACCAACAUCGGCCAGAUCACUCGGCCCUACUCUUUGACAGUUUAUUCAGACUUCCUGUAUGUGUCUGAUACGAGGACCAGAGGAAUAUUCGAGAUGAGGAAGAGGGAUGGAGGAGGAAUUAUUAUGAUCAGACGAGGAAUCAUUGACAUCCUGAAUGUCAAGGCCUACACACCUGAACUCCACAGUACCUUCACCAGCCGUUGUAAUACGGUGCUCAACGGACACUGCAGCCACUUCUGCUUCCCAACUCCCUCCUUCACUCGCGUGUGCGGCUGUCCGUACGGUAUGAAACUUCAGAGCAACCAGAGGGACUGCGUCAAAGACGAUUCUGUGCCUCCGCUUGACAACUGCGACGCCUUAUCGUUUGAGUGUGAUGAAGGACACUGUAGGCCCAACUCCAACCGCUGUGAUGGGAUUGUUGAUUGCAUAGAUAAGACUGACGAGGCCAACUGCACUGAUACAGGAGCAACCUGUUCUCCGUAUGCUUUCACCUGCAACAACAAGCGCUGCAUCUAUUUCAAUUGGCGCUGCGAUGGCAUGGAUGACUGUGGAGAUGGUUCUGAUGAGGUCAACUGUCCCACUGAUCUCCCUACCACCUGUGCGGCUGAUACCUUUACCUGUGACAACAACAGAUGCAUCUCUAAAAGCUGGUUGUGUGACGGUGACAAUGACUGCGGCGACGGCUCUGAUGAACACAACUGCAAUUCAACCAUCCCUGCAUGCCUUCCUGGCUACUUCUUGUGUCCGGACCACCGCUGUAUCCAAAACUCCUAUGUGUGUGAUGGAGACCAGGACUGCUUGGAUGGCUCUGAUGAGAAAGGCUGUGUGUUCUCCUGUAACUACGAUGAGUUUGCCUGUGCCAGUGGGGACCAGUGUGUCAAUGCGAUUUAUAAGUGCGAUGGAGUCUAUGACUGCAGGGACCAUACUGAUGAACAAGGCUGUCCCACUCGAGGUCCAGGCCUCUGCCACGACGACGAGUUCCAGUGCCAGGUGGAUGGUUUCUGCAUACCGGACGACUGGGAGUGCGACGGCCAUCCAGACUGUGAAGAUGGAUCCGAUGAACACAACUCCUGCCCCCCUGUCACCUGCGGAACCAACGAUUUCCAGUGUGCCAACAAGCUUUGCAUCCCGAUGAGCUGGUUGUGUGACGGCGACAAUGACUGCCGGGACAUGAGUGAUGAGAACAACUGCCCCACCCCUCCAUAUAGCUGCCCCUCGGGACAGUGGCAGUGUCCCUCUGACGAGGUGUGCAUCGACCUGGACAAGGUGUGCAACGGCGAGAAGGACUGUCCCGAUGGAGGAGAUGAGUCACCGAUCUGCAACCUAGAUGACUGCGCACUGAACAACGGGGGCUGCAGCGACGGAUGUAUCCAAGGACCAUUUGGGGCUGAGUGCACUUGUCCGUCAGGGUUUCAGCUCCUCAAUAACUCCAAGACCUGCGACGACAUCAACGAGUGUCUGAUCCCUGGUUUCUGCAGCCAACAGUGCUACAAUGAGAGAGGAACCUUCCGGUGCCACUGUUCACAUGGUUACCUCCUGGAGCCUGAUGGGCGCACCUGCAAAGCCAUAGACUCCAACGCUGCUGUACUUUUGGUCGCCAAGCGUAGUGAGAUCGUUGCCAACCGGAUCAAGGUGAGACCACCCCAGAUGGUUCCAGUGAUCAGCGGUUCAGACAUUGUGACCGUAGACAUUGACAGCACGACGUCCAGAAUGUACUGGGCUGAUGCCUCACAGAAGAAAAUAUGGAGUGCCUACCAGAACGGCACCGACAGACAGGAAAUGUUCUCCACUGGUCUGCUGACUCCUGAGAGCAUUGCUGUGGACUGGGUGGGUCGGAACCUGUACUGGACCGACUCUGUCAUGGAGAACAUCGAGGUGUCCACUCUGGACGGUCGCUUCCGAAAGGUUCUCUUAACCAAAAACGUUACCAGCCCCCGUGGACUGGUUUUAGACCCUCGAAACCAUACCAAUCUGAUGUUCUGGUCGGACUGGGGUCAGAAUCCUAGGAUUGAGCGGGCCGACAUGGACGGAAACAUGAGGCGGGUUAUUGUCAGCACCAAACUCUACUGGCCCAACGGCCUGGCUCUAGACUAUACAACGCGCAGGAUUUACUUCGCAGAUGCCUACCUCAGAUAUAUCGACUACUGUGAUUACGACGGCAACAACCGCCAACAGGUCAUGGCAAGCGACCUGGUUCUCCAGCACCCGCAUGGUAUGACCAUCUUCGAGGACACUGUCUACUGGUCAGACCAAUACACCAGCAAAGUGAUGACAGCCAACAAGUUCCAUGGUGGCAACGGCACCACUCUGAUGACCGACGUCCAUCAGCCCAUGGGCAUAGUUAUGUCCCAUCCCAUCAAACAGCCCGCAGCCAUUAAUCCAUGCAGCGAACAUCUGUGCACUCAGCUGUGCCUGUUGUCAAACCUGAGGCCGAGGUACUACACCUGCCACUGUCAGUCUGGAUGGAAGCUGGAUACUGACAAACGCACCUGUAUUAAAGAUGAAACUCCCUUCUUGAUGGUGGUCAGAGAUUCGGUGAUUUUCGGCAUUCCUCUGGACCCUGCUGACUCUUCCAAUAAUGCGAUGGCCCCAGUGUCCGGCGUCAGCCAGGGACGAGACAUCGCCUUUGAUGAACAAGAGGAUUUUGUCUACUGGGUGCAGGACACUGGCUCCAUUUGGCGAGUGAAAACCAAUGGAACCAACAGAUCUGAGUUUGCUCCAGCUGCUUUGAUGGGCUCACCGUCUGGUCUGGCUUUUGACUGGAUAAGUCGAAUAAUGUUUUACACCAAUCCCACUGCUAAAUCUAUAGAAGUUAUUCGUGUAGAUGGAAUAGAGAAUUAUAGGAAGACGCUGAUCACGUCAAAUGGAAAACCCGAGGGAGCAGGAGAGCCUGUUGGAAUUGCUGUGGAUCCAGUCCAUGGGAAAUUAUUUUGGACAGACAGGGGGUCAGAUAGCGGAGUUCCCCCAAAGGUUGGCAGCGCUGACAUGGAUGGAAGCAACCUCAAGAGCCUCUACACAGGCAACCUGGCUAACAUUGGGUUCAUCGCUGCUGACAUCCCAUCCAGGAAGCUGUAUUGGGGGGUGUCAGGCUCAGGGCAUAUCCAGAGUGGCACCAUGGAUGGAGUAACACGUUUGACGGUGGUCAACGGCCUUUCCAACCCGUGGGGUCUGACGAUUCACCUGAACUACCUCUACUACACUGACGUGGACUACGAGGUCAUUGAGCGGGUGGACAAGGACACCGGUGCCAAUAUGGUGGUGAUGAGGAGCGGCAUGUCCGGCCUUCGUGCUCUCAAAGUGCACGCCAGAGACUACUCAGCGGGGACCACCAAUGCCUGCAGCUCCAACAAUGGAGGCUGUCCACACCUCUGUCUACCCAAACCAAACAACCAGAAGACCUGUGCGUGCACCACAGGAUUUUUCCUCUCUCAGGAUGGUUCCCAGUGUGAACAGUAUGACUCUUAUGCCAUCAUCUCCAAUCUCAAGAAUAUCCGUGGCUUCCAUAUAAACAGCUCUGACCACUCUGAAGCUAUGGUUCCUGUUGGUGGAUCAUCCUACUCCGUUAAGGACAGGUUGGACCUCCAUAUUGAUUCUGGGUUUAUAUACUGGACUGACAGCAGCACCUCCACCACAUACAGGGGCAUCUACAAGGCCAAAACAGAUGGAGGGCAUUAUAGCAAUGUCAUCACUACAGGCAUUGGAACAGGAGGCAUCCAGGGCCUUGCUGUAGACUGGAUUGCAGGUAACUUGUAUUUCACCAAUGCCUUUGAGAGCGAGACCUUCUUGGAGGUGUUAUCCAUCAACACUACCCAUCGAAUGAUUCUCCUCAAGUCCUCAGAGGACAAGCCCCGUGACCUAGCAGUGAGCCCCAAGCUUCGCUACCUCUUUUGGGCCGACGGUGGCCAAACACCCAAGAUUGAGAGGGCCUUCCUGGAUGGAACAAACCGUACAGUGUUGGCAUCAGAGAGCCUGGCGUCACCUCGUGGGCUAACAGUUGAUUACACUAAUGACUUCCUCUACUGGACAGAUGAUGUCCUCGAUAUGAUCUCCCGCAUGGCCGCAGAUGGCACACAGAGGCAGCUUAUCCGAUAUGGGAGCCGAUACCCAUCUCCAACAGGAAUGGCUAUAUUGGGAAACUACAUGUUGUGGGUGGAUGCAAAGCUGGGAAAGCUCUUCCAGGCCAGUAAGGACCCAGCCAAUACCGACCAGCCAGAGGUAAUCCGAGACGGUCUCGAUGGACUGAAGGAUGUCACCAUUUUCGACUCUCAUGUACAGCCUACAUCUGCCCACCAAGUAGGGUUUAACCCCUGCCAUGAAAACAAUGGACGCUGCCAGCAGUUCUGCUUUGCCUUCCCAGACCAGGAGAAACCUAAAUGUGGCUGUGCCCAUGGGUCACUCCUUAGCAAUGGAGUAUCAUGUGGCUACGGUCUCGAGGAGUUUCUAGUUUUCACUACAGACUACACGCUGAACAGCUUGAGGUUAGACCCAGCCGAUCACAGCAUUCCUUAUCCAACAGUGAACAUUGGCUACAACUUGAUGGCACUGGAUUUUGCCUUCAAGGAGAAGCGAAUUUUCUUCACCCAGAAUGUAGGUUUAGGUCGCAGCAGGAUUGGCUACAUCUCCACAACAUCCAUCACCAGCCCUCCUGUCAUACUUGCUUCGAACUUGGAUGACCCAGAGGGACUGGCAUACGAUUGGAUCCACAACCGUGUCUACUUCACUGACUACUACGCCGGUAAUGUUCAGUCGAUGGGCGUGGAUGGGAAGAACCGCUCAAUCAUUGUCACUGCAAACAGCCCCAGAGGCAUCAUUGUUGAUCCAUGCUAUGGGUACCUGUACUGGACUGACUGGGGCAGUCCAGCUAAGAUUGAAAGGGCCACACUGAGUGGAAACUUCCAGACCACCAUCAUCAGUGGCAAUCUAGUAUCACCAAACGGCUUGACUCUGGACUAUGAGGAGAGGAUGCUCUACUGGGCUGAUUCCUCACUAGACAAGAUUGAGCGGUCUACUCUGACUGGUGAGAACCGACAAGUGAUCGUGCAUGGGGUCACGUACCCGUUCGCAAUGACUGUCUUCCAGCAGGACAUCUUCUGGACUGACUGGACUGAGAGAUGCGUCUAUAGGGCUGGGAAGGACGAUGGUUCUGACAUAACAGCAAUAGUCCAGGAUAUGCAGUACCGACCAAAUGACAUCCAUGUUUAUGCCGGAUCGAAGCAGGAGAGCUGUUCCAGCUUCUGUCAGCAAUUCAAUGGAGGAUGCAGUCAUAUCUGUGUUUCAGGUCCAGUGGGCCCAGAGUGCCAGUGUCCUGAGGGGAAGUGGUACCUAGCCAACAAUGGCAAAGACUGUAUCAAAGACACAGGAAAACGCUGUCAACCGGAGCAGUUCACCUGCCUCAAUGGUAACUGUAUCUCAGCACAGUGGAAGUGUGAUGGCUCCAAAGACUGCCAAGACAACACGGAUGAGCUCGAGAGAGUGUGUGCCUUCCACACCUGCUUACCCACGGAGUUCACCUGUGACAAUGGACGCUGCAUCCCUCUGAACUACGCCUGUGACUACGCAAACGAUUGUGGGGACAACAGUGAUGAGCGAGGCUGCCCUUUCCCCACAUGUAACCCCGACACCGAGUUCACUUGUGUUAGUGGACGCUGCAUCAGUGCAGCCUUCGUCUGUGACGGUCACAACGACUGCCGAGACGACUCCACGUCCGACGAAAUCAACUGCCCUGACCGCGUAUGUCCUGAUGGCCAGAUCAAGUGUGACAACACCAACAUCUGCAUCUUCUCUGCGAACCUGUGUGACGGCAACAACAACUGUGGGGACAACAGUGAUGAAAAUCCUCUUUUCUGUGUGGGUCGAACUUGCGCUCCAGAUCAGUUCCUCUGUGAUGGAGGAAAGUGUAUUCCUCAGCAUAUGGUGUGUGAUUACUUCCAAGACUGCAAAGAUGGCACGGAUGAACCUCCCACUUGUGAAGAUAUCAUCCGAACAUGCAGUCCAGGCCAGUUUACAUGUACCAGUGGAAACUGCGUCCCUCAAUCAGUGGUCUGUGAUGGCAACAAUGACUGCGGGGACUACAGUGACGAAGCUCCAGAACUGCAGUGUGGUGAGCGUACUUGCAGCUCCGACCAGUUCACGUGUCCAACCUGGUACCCCGGACAUCCAAAAUGUGUGCCCUUUUCCUUAGUGUGUGAUGGGGAGAAAGACUGUGCCGAUGCAGCUGAUGAGUUUCAGAACUGUCCCAACCGAACCUGCCACAUGAACGAGUUCGCCUGCGCCAACGGGCUCUGCAUCUUCCUCCCCUACCACUGCGACCGUGUGAACGACUGCGGAGACGGCAGCGAUGAGUUGCACUGUACUUAUGACACAUGCAGCAGCAGCCAGUUCACCUGCGGUAACGGUGCCUGCAUCUCCAACUACUACAUCUGCGAUGGGGUGAACGACUGCAUGGAUGGUUCGGAUGAGGCGGACAGCUUGUGCGUCACACCUCAGCCCACGUGUGCUCCCGGUCAGUACUUGUGCAAGUCAGGCGAGUGCAUCGAAGACAGCAAGGUGUGCAACUCACUGAAGGACUGCCAGGACAACAGCGAUGAGAAAGGCUGCGGAGUCAAUGAGUGUCUCAGUCCGCCGAUUCACCAGUGUGCCCAAAUCUGCACCGACACCCUCACCGGUUAUUACUGCUCCUGCCACCCGGGCUACAAACUCAUGCCAGAUGGCAAAGCCUGCGAGGACAUCGACGAGUGCCUCAGCACACCUGCCGUCUGCAGCCAGAUCUGCGAGAACGCCUUUGGCUCGUACCACUGCAAAUGUGCUCCUGGGUACCUCCGUGAACCGGACGGACGCACCUGUCGUCAGAACAGCGGCAUUGCCCCGUACCUGUUGUACAGCAACCGCUACUACAUCCGCAAUUUGACCACAGACGGGUCACAUCUGAGCAUAGUCCAGCAGGGACUGUCCAACGUAGUGGCGUUAGAUUUCGAUCACUACGAGAAGAGGCUGUACUGGCUGGAUGUAGAAGUAGGAAAGAUUGAGAGAAUGCGUUUCGACGGGACUGACAGGGAGACGUUGGUGGAUGAAAACAUAGGAGGCGCUGAAGGCAUUGCAGUGGACUGGGUGGGAAGGAAGCUGUACUGGGUGGACAGUUACUACAGCUCAGUUCAUGUGAUGGAGCUGGAUGGGCGCUACCAGAAGAAGCUGAUGACAGGGGUGAUCAAAAAUGGAAAUGACACUUAUACCAUCAGUCAACCUCGUGCUGUGGCUGUCAAUCCUAAAUAUGGAUGGCUGUACUGGACCGACUUGGGUGACACAGCGUAUAUCGGCAGAGCUGGCAUGGACGGAACAAACGCCACUGCUAUUAUCACCACCAAGCUGGGGUGGCCCAACGCUCUGACCAUCGACUACACCACCAACAAGAUCUUCUUCGCUGAUGCCCAUCUUAGCUUCUUGGACUUUGCAGACAUGGACGGGCAGAACCGACACCGGGCCAUUGCUGGUGCACUUCCCCAUGUAUUUGCUGUUUCCCUGUUUGAAGACUGGGUCUACUGGACGGACUGGAACACACACUCUGUGGAGAAAGCUCAUAAGUACACUGGAGAGCAUCGAGCAGUCAUGGGCAACAACACACAUCGGCCCCACGACAUUCAUGUCGUCCAUCCCUACAGGCAGCCUCGAAGUGAUAACCCCUGCUCAUCUCAUGGCCUGACCUGCACUCAUUUGUGUCUGAUCGCACCUGGUGGGCAGAAAGCGACCUGCGAGUGUCCGGAUCACUUCAUCGGACUGAUGGUGGGCUUUCAGGUCCAAUGUGUCGCCGACUGCUCCAGCACUCAGUUCCGCUGUGGGGACAAUGAGAAGUGUGUUCCUAUAUGGUGGAAGUGUGACGGCCAGUCAGACUGUGGCGAUGGCUCAGAUGAACCUCAGACCUGCCCACCCCGUCUGUGCCCCAUCGGCCAGUUCCAGUGCCAGGAUGGCAACUGUAUAUUCCCCGGCUUCAUCUGCGACAACGAACCACACUGCCCUGACAAAUCAGACGAGGACGCAGCUCUCUGCAGUGAUCACAGAUGCCAGGACAACCAGUUCCAGUGUAAAAACAAGCAGUGCAUCCCCGUGGCCUCACACUGCGACGGAGUAAAUGACUGUUCAGACGGCAGCGACGAGGACGCCGAGACUUGUUCCCAGAAGACCUGCUCUCCAGGACAGUUCCAGUGCGCCAAUGGCCGCUGUCUGCCAUUCAGCUAUGUGUGUGACGCCCAGGACGACUGUGGAGAUGGAUCUGAUGAGCCGUAUGAAAUCUGCAUGGGUCCAGAGUACAAAUGCGAUGAGGACACAGAGUUCUCCUGCAAGUCAAACUACCGCUGUAUUCCUCUGUGGGAACGCUGUGACGGCACGAAUGACUGCAUCGACAACAGUGAUGAGCAAGGCUGUGAGGCGGUGACAUGUGACCCUGUGGGAGAUUUCCGCUGUGACAACCACCUCUGCAUCCCAAUCCGCUGGCAGUGUGAUGGCGCCGACGACUGUGGCGACAGCUCAGAUGAGAGAGACUGCCAGCCAAGGGCUUGCUCUGAAAGUGAGUACCAAUGUGACAACGAGCAGUGCAUCCCUGGAAACUGGGUGUGUGACCAUAAAAACGACUGCGGGGACAACUCAGACGAGCGAGACUGCGAGUUUCAUACGUGUCGUCCAGGUUCAUUCCAGUGCGACUCAGGUCACUGUAUCCCCGCUGCUCUGCAGUGUGACGGCCGGCCUGAUUGUCAGGACGUGUCAGAUGAGACCAGCUGUCCCACUCGCUACCCAGGAGGCCGUUGGUGCCCUGACAGUCAGUUCCAGUGUGCCAACCGUCUGUGCGUGAAUAAGGACUGGGUGUGCGACGGCAUCGACGACUGCGGGGACAGCUCUGACGAACAGCUCAAUUUGUGCUGGGACAUCACCUGUGAGAUGCCGUCCAAGUUCCGCUGUGACAACGGCUACUGUGUCUUCGCCGGCCUGCUGUGCAAUAAGGAGGAUGACUGUGGAGACGGCAGCGAUGAGAAGGAAGAACUCUGCCGUGAGCCCACGCUGGCCCCCUGCACGCUGGAAGAGUUUAAAUGCACCAACGGGCACUGUGUGGCCCUGCCGUAUGUGUGCGACCACAAUGACAACUGUGGAGACCGCACUGACGAAAUGGGCUGCAAUUUUGGCCACGAUCGCAACUGUGAGGAGAAGCUUUGCCAGCACGACUGCACCAACCUGAACGGCACCGGCUUCAUCUGCUCCUGCCGGCCCGGAUACACAGUGAACCCAGACAGCACCUACACCUGCCUGGACAUCAAUGAGUGUGAGGUGUACGGUACCUGUCCCCAGUUCUGUAAAAACACUAAAGGUGGCUACGAAUGUGACUGUGCCCCUGGAUACAGGAAAGUGGGCGACGGCAACAUGUGCGAGGCUGAUGGUCCGACUCCCCUCCUACUUCUAUCAGAGAACAUUCGUAUCAGGAAGUUCAACCUGCAGACAGAGGGCUACCAUGACUUCAUCCAAGAAGAGGAGCACAUCAUGGCCAUGGACUACGACUGGGACCACGACAACAAAGGAUACAGCAUGGUGUACUUCACUGUUGCUGGUAAAGACUCUGCACCAGGUGCCAUUAAGAGAGCGUACAUCCCUUCAGUGGAUGAUGGCAGUAAUAACAUGGGUGUUGCUGUUGACCUCGACAUCAAAUACAUCACCACACCAGACGGCAUCGCUGUGGACUGGGUCGGCAGAAACCUGUACUGGGCAGACUCCAGGCUAAAGAGGUUAGAGGUGGCCAUGUUGGAUGGACGAUACAGAAAGCAUCUGGUGAAGACUGAGCUGGGUCACCCAUCUGCUGUGGCCGUCAACCCGCGGCUGGGGAUGCUGUACUGGGCAGACCGUGGGGAGGCAGCCAAGAUCGAGUGUUCUUGGCUGGAUGGUCAGGAGAGAAAAGUUUUAGUGGCUGAUGGACUCGGCUGGCCCACUGGUCUCUCCAUCGACUUCACCAAUGAUGACAGGAUCUACUGGUCCGACUCCAAGGAAAGCCACAUCGAGUCCGUUCUGCCAUCAGGAGAGCAACGUAAAACAGCUGUCUUUAUAGACGUGAGAAACCCCUUCAGCGUGAGCGUAUUCGAGGACCAUGUUUACUGGAGCACUCAGGAGAAAGGCGAAGUGUUUCGACAGGACAAGUUUGGCCGCGGAGACAAGGUCAAGCUGCUGACCGCUGGGCCCUGGCUGACCCAGGUCUCUGUGUACCAGCAGCAGAGAUACAACUCCAUAGCUAUGAAGAAUCCAUGUAAGGGAACCUGCAGCCACCUGUGUUUGCUCCGACCGGGGGGAUACAGCUGCGCUUGCCCUGAAGGCACCAGUUUUGUUUCAGGCAGUAGCACUCAAUGUGAUGCAGGUUCUGAACCACCACCCACCAUGCCGCCGCCAUGCCAGUGUCGAAACGGAGGCACCUGCUAUUUCGAUGACAACAAGCCUCUCUGCAAAUGUCCUCCAAACUGGGAGGGAGAAUUCUGCCUGACCAGCUCCAGUCAUGUGGUCGCAACUUCAGUUGGAAUAGCCAUCGGGGUGACGGUGUUGGUCGUGGCUCUGCUGGUCGCUCUGGUUUGCGUUAUCAGAAAGAAACCUGACGUGUUGAAGAGGCUGCGGAGCAACUUGCCCAGUAUGCCAUCAAUGCCCAAUAUUCCAAGUUUCAGGAACGGUGUGGCCCAGAAUGAAAUGACAGCUGACGUCAGUGAAACAAGGCCGGACGCAGAACCGGUCCCCUGUACGUCUGUGUCCAUGGAGGACACAGCGGGGAAGAAUUUUGAGAACCCAGCGUAUGAAGCGGGAGAACAGCUUGAACCCAACAGCUUGCUGACAACCACCUCUGCUCCUGCUGGAACAAACAAGGAGAACAUUAAUAACCCCCUGUACAUGGAGGAGGGUGGUGCUCCGGAAACGCCUGCAAGAAGUCCAUCGAAGCCUGACGUUUCCGAUGAGGCUUUUGUGAACCCAACAUACGGCUCAGAAGACGUUGACAUCGCUCCUGCACGACCAGCUGCUUCCAGCAUACAGUCUGAGCCCAUUGGAGAUGAUGAUUUUAUGUCCAUAGAAAAUUCUACAUAUACGGAACCCAAACAUGCGCCUCCUGAUUCCCACAUUUGACGUGACUGCUGCAUCAGGAAUUAGUCUGGACCUCGUUUCAGGAGCGAAACCUCUUAUCACUGGAGGAUGUAUAAUUGCUGAAAAACUGUUCGACAACUGAAACAUUCACAAACUGGGAACGAAUCAACCAAAACAGCUUGUAAAAGAAUGUAUUUUGUGUCUAAUUUCAGUUAUCUGUUUGUGUAAAGAAACAAUCCUGUAACUGUGAUUCAUAUAAAUGAGAAGUGAUUUGUUGAAUCAAUGAAAAAAUGUGUUUUUGAUUGAUAGUUUGUAUGUUUUUGUAAAUUUUGAUUGUGAGAAUGUUAUACAGUAAAACUGUUGGUACCGUCA